AUGGGUGGUAAAUCUUUGAUCCUAGCUCAUCAAUUGCAUGAGAAGAAUGUACUGGUUGUCGGUGGUGGUGAAGUGGCCUUAACCAGAUUAAAAAAACUGAUUUCAACCGGUACAAGAGUCACUUUAGUGAGUCCCGAAAUACAUCCUACAAUUCUUAAAGAAUACUGCGGUUUCGUCGGGCAAAGAACUGAAAUUGAUGUGAUUGAUGACGAUUGGAAAGCAGGGCAGGGAGUCUACCGUGUAAUUCGGAGCCGUUUCAAGAUGGAGUACCUAACACUUUACACUAAAGGAAAUGACAGCGGUUGGAGCCUAAUACUUACAUGUAUCCCGAACAAACCAUUAAGUGAAGAGAUUUACCAUGAGAGUAAGCGGAGAUUCGGCUCCCAACAGACUGUGAAUGUCGCUGACAAUCCUCCUCUAUGCGAUGUGUAUUUCGGUGCUAACCUCGAAUUUGGCAAUAGACAAGGAUCUUCGAUGCAGAUGAUGAUAAGUUCCAACGGGAUGGGUCCUCGAUACGUAGCGCUGGUUCGAGAUGAGAUCAAGUCUAUGUUAGAAGGGAUCGAUUUCGAAGGUAGUUUAAAAAAUCUUGGCGAACUACGAUCGCGGGUGCGUGAGAUUGCUCAUGAAGACAGCGAUACGAAAUACAGGAUGAAUUGGAUGAAGAGUUGUACUGAGAAUUUUGGCAUUAAGAACUGUGAAAAGAUGGACGUUGAUAAGUUGGUCGAACUAUUCGACAAGAUGUACGUUGAUGAUCGUAAUAUGAUUUUCCCAUCGCGCGAUACUAUGAUCGAACAUUACAUGAAAGAAAGCAAUAGUAAAUAA